AUGGGACUCCUCCAACAUCCCCUCCCAAUCCUACUUUUGUGCCUGGCGUUUUCCAAUUCGGUCAGCGGCUAUCUGAACAUUUUCAUCAGCCACCACGAGGUGAUGAAACUGAUGGGACUCGAGGCGGACCUGUUCUAUGUGCACGAGGGAGCCAUCAACACAUACGCGAUGCACUUCACCGUUCCAGUGCCCGCGGAUGUCCAUGAACUGGAGUUCUCCUGGCAAAGUCUCAUCGCCUAUCCGCUGCCGUACGAAAUGAGUAUCGAGUACAACACCGACCAGGAGGCACUGGGCACGCCCACGCUGAGCAUUCCGCACAAGGGCCUGGUGCCGCAAGAGAUCGAGUCCUUCCUGGUCUACCUGCCCUGCACCGGAAAUGCGAGCCUGCAGAUGCCCGUCAAUGUCAACAUGGUGGUGCGGGCUCCUCCCCGCUUCAACGACACCCGGCUGCACUUCAAGCGCAACAAGAUCUGCGCGAAAGGCAUCUCACCUGAGCCCAAUCAAUCGCCCGCCCCCGCCCACGCCCCCUCGCAAGGACCCGCCCUGCUGAGUGCCGCCGCCUGUGCUUUGGGUUUGGUUUUGGCCGUGGGACUGGUGGCCAGCAUGAUGUAUGUGAGGGCGCGCAAACAGCUUCGACAGGAUUCGCUACACACCAGUUUCACCACCGCAGCUUAUGGCAGCCACCAGAACGUGUUCAUCCGACUGGAUCCCCUGGGAAGACCACCGAGUUCCACGGGGUCCUAUGCUACCAUAGCCAGCCUCAACAAAUACCCGGCGGACAGCAAGAAGUCGUGCAGCAUAUUCGACCGCUUCAGGAGCUCACCCAUCCCCACCCCCUAUGCCACCGCCCUGCUGCCCAUGAACCUCGAACAGGCCGCAGAGACGAUUUACUCAAAGCCAGAGUCGAUCUGUCCCUCGAGGAUUUCCUACUACGCCUCCUCGCAACUGACCCAGGCCUGCAGUCUGUCGACACCCAAGAGCAUUCGAAGCAAUGGCAACGGCCAUUGCACCAGCGGCAGUGGCAGUUUGAGUCUGUUUGGGGGACUUCCCACCGGCAGCACCAUCACGAUGGCCAGUCACGGGGACAAGGGAAACCAGCGUCUGCGGCGGAUUCCCAGCGUCCAGCCCGGCGCCCUCAGCUACGAGGAGCUGGUCAGAGAGGGCACCUUCGGCCGGAUCUACGCCGGCAAGCUGGGCGAGUCCUGCGAGGCGCUCGUGAAGACCGUCAUCGACGGCGCCUCGCUCACCCAGGUGGCCUGCCUGCUGCAGGACGCCUCGCUGCUGAUCGGCGUCAGCCACCAACACAUCCUGGCCCCGCUCCUGGCCAACACCGAGCUGCCCGGGCCGCCGGAGAUCGCCUAUCCCUAUCCGUCCAAGGGCAAUCUCAAAAUGUACUUGCAAAAGUCGAGGGAAUCCAGCACGGCAUUAAGUACCCGGCAGCUGGUUGAGUUUGGGCUGCACAUCACCAAGGGUUUGGCCUAUCUGCACUCGUUGGGCAUCGUCCACAAGGACAUUGCCACACGCAAUUGCUACCUUGACGAAGAGUCGUAUGUUAAGAUCUGCGAUGGCGCCCUGUCCCGCGAUCUCUUCCCAGACGAUUACGACUGUUUGGGCGACAACGAGAAUCGUCCGCUGAAGUGGCUAUCGCUGGAGUCGCUCCAGAAACGGGUGUACGCCACCCAGGGAGAUGUGUGGGCCUUGGGCGUGACCUACUGGGAGCUGGUCACCCUGGCCCAGAUGCCGCACGAGGAGGUGGACAUAUUCGAGCUUACCAAUUACUUGGCUGCUGGCUUCCGGUUAGAGCAGCCCGUCAACUGCCCAGAUGAAUUCUUUACCGUUAUGAACUGCUGCUGGCACAGUGAGGCCAAACAGCGACCCACGCCCUCACAGCUGCUCUCGUAUCUGCAGGACUUCCAUGCGGAUCUGGGCAUGUACAUCUAAGCGAGACGAAGGACUGACGGGGGAUCCAAGUGGUAUCCAAGCGGAGUCAAGCGGAGCGAAGCCCAAUAUAUAAAUUAAUUGAAACUUUUGCAUUUUAAAUGUGAGAUUAAAUGUGAAUUUACCUGUUAGAGUUUGGCGCAAAACCAAUUACAAUGAAAGCCAGCUAACUUCAGAUACGUAAGCAACACGCCGACACACACACACACAGUACACUGGGGUGGACCUCAAUUAAUAAGUUGUAAUAAUAAUAAGGUCUCGACCAACAUCAUGUAAAAAAGGGUAAAAGCAAUGGCCACACUGUCACUUAAUUUAAACAUCGAAUAUACAAGGCCACACUGCGUAUGAGUGGUACAACUCAGAACCAACUCACUGCCCUUUAUGCCUGCAUAAACACAAUUAGCAACUCACUCUGAAUAAAUUGCAAGCUAGUACCACACUGCGUAUGAGUGAUAUUCUAGACCAGCUAACUGCCCUUGAUACCGAAGCACGUCAAAAUUCAAAUAGCAAGCGAGGUUCACCCAGCAAUAGAGCAACUAUCAAUUUUCUAACGAAGUG